AGAUGGCCUAUAUAAAUUGGAGAUAAUACCAGCUGGGUGCAUUUGAAAAGAGGACAUCUUGGGAAGAACAGACACGCAGCUGAUGGAAUAAGGCAGAGAGAAUGAACGUCUGAAACGUACCCUGUUCCUGUCUUGUGAACUGCUUUUAUUACCAGUAUAGUCAGCUUCUUGUAAGAAAUGGUGAUUGUAGCCGUUUAUUUCCUGGUCAUCCUGGCUAGUCAUCAAGCCUACGCACCACCACCUUGCAAUCCAAAUAAAGCAGAUGCAGUUCUGGUGUACUGCUACCCUAACACUAUCAUUACAAGAAUCCCUGAAUGUCCCUAUGGAUGGGAGGUUAGUCAACUGGCUCUUGGAGGUGUUUGCUACAAUGGAAUCCAUGAUUCAGGAUACUACCAAUUCACAAUCCCAGAUUUAUCACCCAAAAACAAGUCCUACUGUGGGACCCAAUCAGAGUUUAAGAGCCCCCUGUAUCACUUCUAUAAUUCCAUUGUGUCCAACGACACGACCGUGAUUGUGAAGAGCCAGCCUGUGAAUUACUCCUUCACAUGCACUUACCGCGCAAACUACUUGGUGAACCAAGCUGCCUUCGAUCAAAGGGUGGCAACAAUCCACGUCAAGAAUGGGAGCUCCGGCUCAUUCGAAAGUCAGUUAUCGCUCAACUUCUACAGCAAUGCCAAGUUUUCAACUAAGAAAGAAGCUCCGUUUGUUGUGGAAACCUCAGAAAUUGGUUCAGAUGUAUUUGCUGGAGUGGAAGCUAAAGGGUUAAGUGGCAGGUUUAAAGUAGUUCUGAACAACUGCUGGGCAACGCCUACGUCAGAGUAUUUCUACCAAAUCCAGUGGCCGCUGAUCACAAAAGGCUGUCCUACAGAUGACUCCAUUUUAGUACAUGAAAAUGGGAAAGCUGCCCGGGCCACCUUCCAGUUCAACGCUUUCCGGUUCCGAAAUAUCCCCAAACUAUCCAAGGUUUGGCUGCACUGUGAAACACAUAUAUGUGACAGUGAAAAGUUCUCCUGUCCUGUGACGUGCGAAAAACGAAAACAACGCAUGGAACAAACAGGAGGAGUGUUGGUGGUGGAACUGGCCGUGCGCAGUAAAGGUUUAUCCAGCCUUAGCCACCUCUCAGAUAUUCUCUUUCACCUAAUCUUCAUGAUUGGGAUGUGUGCUGUUCUACUAUAAAACACUGCCCCG